GAUCGUGAUGCUCGAGAAGCGAAGUAAUGGACGGAACUCUGUGAGAGAUUCCAAUUUCCCACACAGAAGCAUUCGAUUGAUAAACAUCUGUAAGCACGAACAUCUUGUGUGCGAGCUCGAGCUUGAGUCAUUUCCUCUGCGACUCUCACAAAGUGAAGAUUAAAGUUUUGUAAAGUGAAGAGCACUUUGGUGAAUUUCUUUGGGGGAGACAUCCUGGCAAUUGGGAACGUUUAGUGUGAUUUAAUUUUGUGAUCUCGGUGUGAGUGAUUAAUCGGAAAAGUGGUACGAAAUGAGGAAUACUCUGCUGGAAGAGCUUGAAGAGAACGGGUAUGUGAUCUUUGAGAAUUUCCUCCUUCCCGAAGAGGUAGAAGAAGUUCGUAAUGCUGGACAAAAUCUCUGUUUGGAAGCCCCCAAGGAGAGCAGGACAAUCUUCAGUACGGUGAAUUGCAACAAUAAUCAGAACAAAGAGAAAUACUUCAUUGAAUCAGGCGACAAAGUGAGAUACUUUUUUGAGGAGGGUGCUCUCGAUGACAAAGGAGAUUUAAUUGUGAAGCCCGAGAAUGCUCUCAACAAAGUGGGGCAUUCUCUGCAUACUGACCACGACGUCUUCAAAAAAUACACCUUUUCCCAUCGAGUUCGUGAGGUAUGCUGGCAGUUGGGCUACAAGCGACCUGCAAUCCCCCAAAGCAUGUACAUUUACAAAAAUCCAGGUGUUGGAGGAGAAGUAACUGCCCAUCAAGAUGGAACAUUCUUGUACACAGAACCAGCUUCAACUAUUGGAUUCUGGAUUGCACUCAAUGAUGCCACUGUCCAGAAUGGAUGCUUGCAAUUUAUCAAAGGAUCCCACAAGAGUGGCGUCCAUCGUCGAUAUAUUCGUAAUCCGGAUAAAUCAUCAAACGAACUUAUAAUCUACGAUCGUCCCCCACCGAUCUAUCCUGCAUCGAAUUUUACACCUGUACCCGUUGAGAAAGGGACGUUAGUACUAAUUCAUAGCCAGGUAGUUCAUCGAAGUAACCAGAAUAAAUCAAAUAAGGAACGUCAUGCCUAUACUUUUCACGUAAUUGAGACGGAUGGUGUGACGUAUUCAGAAGAAAAUUGGCUUCAACCUAAUCCUGAUGCAUCAUUUCCAAUUUUGUAUGAAUAGAAAAUUAAUAAAGGAUUUCAAAAAUGUAAUAAAA